AUGGCUCUUGUGAAAGCAGUUCAAGAACAGCAAAUCCCAUACAAAGAAAAUGGGAGCUCUGGUGAACAACUGAAGAGGUUAAAUGUUGUAGUAAUUGCUUUUACUUCUCUUCUUAUUUUAGAAGCUUCUCCACAUCUGCCAGCACCGAAGGAUGUAACAGUUCAUUCCUCUAACUUUCGUAAUUCCCUGAGAUGGUCUCCUGUUCAAGUGGAUGGAGGCUCGGUGUCCUACACAGUCCAGCUUAAAACAGGUGCCUACAACCGCUGGAGUGAGAUAAACUGCACCCGUAUUGCCCAGACUGAGUGCAGUUUCCUCCAGUCAGCAAAGGCACGUCGCUGGACAAUUGUUCUUCGUGUUAGGGCUGAAAUGGGGCCAAGGACUUCAGCCUGGGUAGAAACAGACCCAUUUGUGGCAGAGAGAAACACUACCAUAGGACCUCCUAAAGUAAACAGUGUGAUUGUAAGCUCUGACUCCCUUCUCAUUGGUGUCGCACCUCCUUUUGGACCUGAGGCAGGUUACCUUUUCCAGUAUCAUGUGUCCUACUGGGAGAACACAACAAUUACUACUAAAAAAGAGAUAAAGAGAAGCGAUACACUAUUCAAAAUUAAAGAUUUGAAGCAAUUGACACUUUAUUGUUUUACAAUUCGAGUAGAAUUGGUGGCAUAUUUAGAUUUCCACUUGUUCGGACUGCAAACAGUCCCGGAGUGUUACAGAACAACCAUCAGCGAGGCGGCCAAAGCUGGAUAUAUUGUUGUAAUAUUUAUGUCCGUCGGUCUGCUUUUAAUUUUCAUAAUAGCUGGUUUCUUUUGUUUAUGGAGACACCAGAAAGCACUUAAAUAUUUGUCCCAGCCACCUUUAAGAAUCCCAUCACACUUUGAAGAGUAUUUGAGAGAGCCCAGCAUGCCUCAUUUAGAGAUGCUGGAGAACCACGAUGAAGACCCCCAAGAUUCUCUAACAGUUGUGUAUACUGGAGAAGGAAGCAGCGCAUAUGGUGACAUGUUGGAUGGUAACGCUUGUUCACGCAGCAGCUCCAGCAGCUGUGAUGUAACUUAGGGGGCACCUUUGUGAGAACACUUGUAUCCAGUUUUUGCAGAAGUUCCUGCUUGCAAGUGGUGCUGCUCAGCUCCCAACAGGACAGACAGUGAGCUCUGGACAAAGCCACUAACAAAUUCUGAGCAAGACUUCCUGAGAAUAAUGUGGAACCUGGGCCUUUUGUUGUGCUACAGCAGCAACAAUAUUCUUUCUGCCACAGACUAGAAAUGUGGAAUUUGAAGGUGAAAUGAACACUAAAUUGCCUUAAGAAGGACAGCUGGCUACAAAUGACUGUAUCAUCUUUGUCAUAUUUCUCCCUCCUCCCCCUGAAGCCCAGCUUUGAGAAAUAAUGGCACUUUAUCGAGUAUAAUGAAGAAUUCUUAAAUAAUUUUAUAGCGGCUUUUGUUUUGUUACUUUAUUUGUGAAGUCUGUGUUGUCCCUUACUUUGAGUGUAUUAUAUCCAAUCCACUAUGCUUUCCCAAUUUGUCUUCCAUGACUGCUGCUUCAGCCAAAAAUGAUAGUCUAGAAAGAAACUUCAUGGUACUUAGUCCUCCUCAUUGUGAAUACACGAAAAGAACUACUCCAAGAAGGACAAAGGGCAGUUAAUUCCAUCUCCCUUGGAUCUGUGCAUCUUCACACAGCGAUAAAAAGCAUUAAUCUGUUCCUGCAGUGAGACAAUUGUAUUCUUCGCAGCAAUAAAACUUGAUUUGCUCAGAAGUUAUAUAAAAUGUCUUGAUAAUGGUCAGACACUAACAAUCUCUUGUUGACUAGCAGCCCAGUUGUGUAAGUGCCAGGCUGACUGCGAGUUGUGGUUUCAGUACCUCAAAGCAGAAACAGCAGAUUAUGUAAUAAUCCUAUGGGAUCUGAAAGGUGUCUCAAAACACAAAAGUAACCAUUUCUAUAGUAAAAAAAGACAGGGUUUAUUCCGUUAAAAAAUGUGACUUUUUAAUGUUUGACACAAGUUGUUCUAAAAAAUAAAAUAAAUGUUUGGUUG